AUGGCGCCGUCAUCCCGCCUCCACAUCACGCUCAACAAGUCUCCCGACAAGACCAUCCAAACACACACCUACAACCACCGCGUCGACCUCGUCCUCCCCACCGACCUCUACACCCUCAUUUCCGCUGGCCUCGGCCCCGCGCUCGCGCAGCCGCUGCGGUGCUGGCGCUUCCGGGCGCCGCUGUCGGCGCUGCUGGAGACGGGGUUCCUGAAUAAGUAUAUAAAGUCGGGAGACGUGAUUAUGCUGUCCCAGGGGAGGGUCGAUGCGGAUAAUAUCUAUACCCUCACCUCUGGCAUCUUGCGGCUCUCGCUGAGGCAUGAGACGUAUGAGACCGCAGGGCUGGUCGGGAAGCCUGCGCGCUUUGGAAACACCGCUGGUAGCAAGCGGCCUCGGCGAUACCUCGUCGAACACAACCUCCGCGACCCCAGCAUGUCCCCCGGCAAAAAGAACUUCGACCGCCUCGUCUGGAGCUUCUCAAACGUGCUCAAAGACCCCGUGACAUGGCUGUUCUGCGACCUCAACCAAGCCAAGAUGCCAGAGACCGUUUCAUGCCCCGUGCUGUCGGCGCUGUCGGCGCUGCCGCGCGAUAUGCAGAUGCCGGUUGUUGUGGCCACCACGGACGUUCUGGUUCCUGGUUUGGUGGCGCCGGAAGGCUCGCGAAUCGCUGGUGGGGGGAAGUCGGAGAAGGCGGAGUUCCAUAGGGAGAUGUGGCGCGAGUGGGCGCUGGGCGUGUAUGAAUGGCUUGCAAUGGUACAGCUGGGGGCGACGGGGGCGGCGGAUCGGGUGAGGGUGAGGGACACCGUGGAUCCGCUGCUGUCGACGUAUGAGGUUGAGGACGGCGUGGCGGGGAGUGUGAUGAGGUUGACGUGGCGGGGGAUGGUGCCUGCUACGUGGAUUGGGCGGCUGUGGAGAGCUGUGAAUGCUUCGAUGGACGGGAAGGAUGGAUGGGCGGCCAUCACGGUGCAUGGCUUUGAGAACUCCCCGAUUAGUUGGGGUGCGAAUGCGCAUGGUUCGCUGAAUGGCGGUGAGAACGGGUAUACGAUACUUAGACUGCCGCGUGAGGGCGCUGCGGGGGAGAAGAGCGGUAGGUGCAUAAUCUACGAGGUCCUGGGUAGCCAGGACGAAUAUUCGUAA